UUUUCGCAGGAAACUAUGGGAGUGACUCGGUAGUGCAUGUGCUUCCCCCAAAGGGAAGUUUUCAGACCAUUGAACGUUACUGCAGUGUUCAAGCAGUGGUGAAGGAAUGGCUUCUACUGCAUGGCCGCGAAAUUCUCAGCCCCGGCCGAUUUCAUCGCUGAUCUCCCGUAUUCAAGGACGAUUCACUGAUGCCAUUGCUCCUCCACGAUUAGUCAUUGACGUUAGAACCAUCCAGAAAACUUGGAAACUUAUGGACAAAGUCGUCAAAUUGUGUCAACAACCGCAGAUGAAUUUGAAGAAUUCCCCACCUUUCAUCCUCGAUAUCCUCCCAGAUACCUAUCAGCACAUGCGCCAAAUCUACAAAAAGUACGAGGACAAGCUACAUAUGCUGAACGAAAAUGAAUAUUUCAAGAUAUUCGUCGAAAAUCUGAUCAGGAAAUGCAAGCAAGCCAUCAAGCUUUUCAAGGAUGGAAAGGAAAAAAUGUUUGACGAAAACUUGCAUUAUCGGAGAAAUCUGAUCAAACUAAGUUUGGUUUUCAGCCAUAUGUUGAACGAAUUAAAAGCAUUCUUCCCGAGCAACAGUUUCGCUUUUAGUGGUGACCAGUUUCGCAUCACAAAAAGUGAUGCGGCGGAGUUCUGGAAAUCAGCGUUCUUGGAUCGUACGAUUGUGCCUUGGAAAGUCUUCCGUCAAACUCUCAACGAAGUUCACGAAAUCAACCUCGGGCUUGAGGCAAUGGCCCUGAAGUCUACCAUCGAUUUGACAUGCAACGACUACAUAUCUAGCUUCGAAUUCGAUGUCUUCACUCGGCUUUUUCAGCCGUGGUCCACAUUGCUGCAGAACUGGAAGAUCCUGGCCGUUACACACCCAGGCUAUGUAGCGUUCCUGACUUACGACGAAGUGAAGGCCCGGCUCCAGCAGUAUAUGUUCCAGCCGGGAAGCUACGUGUUCAGAUUGAGCUGCACGCGCCUGGGACAGUGGGCCAUCGGCUACGUAACUGCAGAUGGAAACAUUUUGCAAACCAUCCCUCAAAACAAAAGCCUGUGUCAAGCGCUGUUGGAUGGCUAUCGUGAAGGUUUCUACUUAUUCCCGGAUGGCAGACCAGUGAAUCCAGAUUUGUCCAGUGCUGUUCAAAACGCACCGGAAGAUCACAUUCGUGUGACUCAGGAGCAGUACGAGCUCUAUUGUGAAAUGGGCUCCACUUUCCAACUUUGCAAGAUUUGUGCCGAAAACAACAAAGACAUCCGGAUCGAGCCCUGUGGACAUCUUCUUUGCACACCCUGCUUGUCCUCCUGGCAGGAAUCGGAAGGACAAGGCUGCCCGUUUUGUCGAGCAGAGAUCAAAGGCACUGAGCAAAUCAUUGUUGAUCCGUUUGAUCCCUGCCAGAAAAAUGCGAUGAGGGGAAACAAGAGCCAGGAAAACGACGUGGAUUUGAUUGAAGAUGGUUCUACGAAGGCUGACAGCACCGGAACCAAGGACACUAACUUGUCACCAGCAGGAUUACAGCAGUUGCGUGAACCCAAGCAGAGUGUACUGUUCCCUGGUUGCACGACGAACGUUGAUCAUCUCCCACUGGGCCAACUUGUGACAGCCAACAGCAAUCCUCUUCCGGACCUCGGUCUAAUGUUUGUUAGCAAAAUAGAGUAGUAGGUGCCAUGAUUCCUUGUCCGAAUUGAUUCGUUCGUAUGAAAAAAAAAUUACUUACGAAUUCCUAAAACGUCCUUGAACUUCGCUCGAAAGUUAAGUUCAUACUUCUUUCGUUCCAUUGGACCGGACUAUCGUUUCUCUUACCAGCGAUCCACAAAAUUCUUCCCUAGCGAUUAUUUUACUGUACAUAGAAGUUUGCGUAAUCUUACAUGGUUACAUCAAACUAACGGGUUUUUUGCUUUUCGAAAAUAAUUUGGAAUUGUCGAUCGAAUAAUAGAAUGGUCAAAGGUUGGUACUUGCCUCUUAGUUGUUUUUGAAGCUAGAUAUUUUCGUUGUUAGACAAUCAGGUGAUGGGUUCGCCGAUUAUUUGUUGAUGCACUUUUCAGGAGACGAGCUUAAUUUAAUUCUGUCGCAAUGUUCUAGUUCUAUCCCAGUGAGUUAAAAUGGAGAUACUGUAUCUUGAAAUACUGCAACAUGCAUCUCACCGAAGUUCAUCAUGCAUGAGUAUCCGUUCAGUUUGUAAAGCUUAUUCUGUAUGAGAAAGGAUUGUUCCCUGAUUCUUGCUGGCACGAAUGGUGUCUGCAGGGAUUUUCUAUUUCUGGUUGUCUUGGUUGUGCGCAGACUUUCCAUCGCGCUUGAAUGGAUGCCCCAGGAUUUGCAAUUGUUAGUGGAUUUUAUCGUCGCAUGGAACUGCCGGAUAGGAAUCCGUACAAGGUGCUGAGCGCAUUGCUGAAACGCAGCAAGACGCAGAUUUGGGUAGUUCGUUAGUACCCAAGGACUAUCGUGUUCUUGGUGUGUUAUUGUGGGAGUGCAUAGGUCUUCAGCCUUUCGAAUGCUCACGCACUCGUCAUACGGUUUGUUCGGGAAUGCUGCAGUCGCGGUGCAGUGGUUUCUAAAAUGCUGGAAAAUGUACUUCCUUUUUUUUUGCGAAUUUUCCGCGUGCGAAACGGGGUAAAAGGAUUCCGAGAAUUGUGUGCGGGUGCGGGGAUAUUAAGCGAGUCUUUUUUAAGCAUCCAGACUCUCUCCGAAUCGUUCUGGUUCAGCUAUUUUUCCCCUUGCGCUUCCGGUGCGCUCAGAAGAGUUUGUACGACUUCAACAUUUUUAUUUUAUUUUACCAAACAAGUGAGCUCCGCGCUUCGCGAGUGCUGCAUCAUUUGGUUCGAACAACGAUUGGAUAAAUCCAUUAGCAAAGUGACGUGUGUAUUCGCCGAACGCUAUUCUUGUAUCUUGCCUGGGCUUUAGAAUUACUGAAGUCGAAUCACUGAUCAAUUGAGGUAUGAUUUCAGUAUUGCCUGCAAUUGGAAGCGUGUGGAAGCGGUAGUUGGAGAGCUCGCGUUUUUGUCUUCCUGUUACAGGUCCAUGAAGCAAGUAAAUAUCAAAAAUAGUAUCCGCGGGGUUUUUCCUGCGCGGGUUUUCUUCUCUCUAUUUUAUCCUUAUUAGCCGGAGGAAGUGUUGAUCAGGCUAACACUAGUUCCAUCCACGUUUCUAAUAGCUUAGGCAUACGUGACAGAGCAAUAUCGAACGGUUGAUGCUCAUGUGUGAUCCCGCAUCUCGUGCUUUUCCUUCCUUUAUUAUUAUUAUUUUCGAAACUGUUCGUAUUGUCAAUGAACUUUCGUGUGCAGUAUCAAUCCAUUCCUUCUUUCCGUUUCAUGCUAUUUUGAUCCCGUUUCAGUUAGUAUUAAUGACUUUUUAUCAAAGCGUCUGAUCUCUGUGUCGGAUAUUAUGUCCAAAAUACGAAGGACAAUUGACCACCAUUAAAUGGUGGCAGCAAAGUUUUAGAAGCUGAUAUGACGUUUACUUGAGUGCACGAGCAUAAAUCCCGAGACGAUUGUGUGGAAACAAUUACCAAAAAUCCGUCCGGGGCGAUUGUAUCGAUGCUUGCGAUUUUUUUUUUUUGCUUCUUGAUGAAGAUGUGGGGUAUUUCCCUAGCCUGCAGUUCGUUCAAUCUCUGCAUGUAAUGCACAAAUACUUCUGCUUUACCCGUCCUAUUUGGGGCUGGAAUUUUUUCUUGGGGGGUUGAAGGUGUUUAGUUUUUGCCAAAGGGCUCUAAUGAUGGGAUCAUCUUCUCCCGAAGUUUAUUUUUUGAAUGACAGUGUGAGAUUGUAUCGGCGGACGAGUCGCACGAUGGAAGUGCUGUGUAUUUCGCUCCUUUUUUGGAUGAUUGUAGCGGAGCGAGUUUGAGAAGUGAUGUUAAUUUAUUUGAAAGCGGGAAAUGACCGCGCUUUUGAAACCAAGGAAUCCUGAAUUUGAACUUCUCGGCCUCAUUAGGACUAGGCUGUGCCUUCCCAACUUCGUUGAUUGCGUGUGUACAGAUAUGACGAACCUGCUUUUGAGUCUACGCGGCGCGUCUCAGCUCCACUUUUUGCCUGUGUGGCAGACAGGGUACUACUCGAAACGUGAAUGUUCCUUUUGCAUAGCUGUCUUAGCUUCACUUCGUAUCGAAUUUGCGAAUGAUCAACGCGGUGAUGUACAGUUAAAUAUUGUAACGACAAGCCACUUCCUUUGGUUGAAUUCCUAUUCGAUUCACGGAUUUGGCAGAUUGUGAAGAUCGCCGUAGCCUUUGACAGAGUCGUUUUCGGUCGUAAUGAAAUUCCUUCUACUAAUUUAUAAGAAGAAGAACCAGGUUCGUCAUUCACUGAAUGCGAAUAUUUUGAUCCUAAUAAUUUUCCAUGUGUUGGUGCCUCUGUCAAAGGUCGUAACCGGAAUGCCGUACAUCAUGAUCAUUCACUAAAUAAUUGAGCAAAUUUUAAUUCCGGAGUAUCAAUGUGAUGCGGGCUGAGUUAGGUCGGGAAUUGAGGUAACGGUUUAAUUCUUCGCGUUGAAAGAACUAUUCUUGACUGUCCUACCGAGCCAACGUCGUGCGGUAUUAUUAUUUUUGGUUAUACUUUUAAUUCAUGUACCAUUUGGCCGUAGAAGCUUCUAGACGCGCAAUUUUUGUAUCUUGAUGUCUGUCCUUCGCCAUUCGGUUUGAACGAAAUGUUUCGUGGAUUCUUGGAAAUUGCAAUGGUUAUUUUCUGGAGCGAUA